AGACAUUCAUAGGUAGUAAGUUCUAAGAUGGUUGUACAAAAAUAGACGGAAAGCUCUCACACUGCCCCAGGCGUCCGCGACGGUGACAUCGCUACACACAAAGAAUGUGUAUCUUUGUCGUUGGAACAAACGUUAUACACGGUUAACUAUGCAUAUAGUUUAUUUACAAGUAUCUCGGCUAUGUGGGUCGGCUUUAAAAUGUUUCCUGAGCCCCCAGUCUGCCACGAGCCGUUUGCUCGCAAAGAAUAUUUGUAUUCCGGAAAAUAUUGCCAGUCUAACACAACAAAAAGUGAUAAAUUAAAUUUGAAAAUUGUAUUACCCAAUUAAUUACGGACAAAAAGGAACAAUUAACUUUUGUGUAAUUCAUGAAAAAUGUGGGUCCACAAUGUUCUGGUUAGCGAGUGACGUGAAAGGGAAAUUAAUUAGAGAUAGGCAGUACUCUUGCUAAACAAUAUUUUCGUGAGCUAUAACAGCGCUAUGAAUGACGAUUUGAUUAAUGUGGACUAUUAUUACAUCUACAAUAUAAGUGUAAAUAGCAAUAAUGAUUCCUUACACAAUACUUCGUUCGAGGACACAAUUUGUUAUUCAAUCAAUUUCCUUUACAACUCAAGUGUCGGGAUCGAAAUAGCAGUACCAGAAUGGGAAGCGUUAACUACUAUUGUAAUGCUGUUCAUUGUCAUCACUGGAACCAUAUUUGGGAAUAUUCUGGUCAUACUUGGAGUUUUCACGUAUAAACCUUUAAGGAUAGUGCAAAACUUUUUCAUUGUGUCUUUGGCCGCUGCUGACUUGGCAGUUGCAGUGUUGGUGAUGCCUCUCAACGUGGCCUACAUGACGUUGGGUCGCUGGUUGUGGGGUAAACAGCUAUGCAAGAUGUGGCUCACCUGUGAUAUUAUGUCCUGCACUUCAUCCAUCCUGAACUUGUGCGCUAUAGCACUCGACAGAUAUUGGGCGAUAACAGACCCUAUAAACUAUGCUAAUAAGAGAACUUUGAAAAGAGUCGUGUAUCAAAUCAUUGGAGUAUGGAUUUUAUCCAUGAUUAUAAGUUCACCACCCCUUCUCGGUUGGAAUGAUUGGCCGGAUGAGUUUACAGCGGAUACUCCCUGUCAGCUUACUUCAGAACCUGGUUAUGUUGUGUAUUCCUCACUCGGCUCAUUUUUCAUACCACUCGUAAUUAUGACUAUGGUAUACAUAAAAAUCUACAUAGCUGCGCGACAAAGAUUAAGAAAACGAGUACUUGUUACACGUAUCCAGAAUAAAAAUCCAGUGUUGGUAGUACAGAGUGGGGAAGAGAGUCAAGAAAAUAGAGAAGAUUCAGAGAAUGAAUCUGACAGUGGAGGAAGUAUAAAACGGUGUCAGAGGAAAGCAUUCAUAGACAUAAAGAAAAACUUCUUUGUGCCAUUUCUGUUGCUGAAUGAUCCAGUGUCGCGGCAGACGAUUGAAGCAAAUAUGAACCAGAUACAAGCGGAUGUAUCACCGGGUAGCUGCGGGAGCUACAAGACUAAAGUCGUUGGUUCGCUAAAGAAAAUGAGCCACAAAAAUAAGAAGCAAGGCAAACCGUUGUUGGCGAGUGUUAAUAAAAGCGGGGACGUAGUAAACCAGUUCAUUGAGCAGAAGCAAAAGAUCUCGCUGUCUAAGGAAAGGCGCGCUGCCAGAACUCUGGGCAUCAUAAUGGGUGUGUUCGUUAUCUGUUGGCUACCAUUUUUCCUUAUGUACCUCAUACUACCCUUUUGCUCUUCCUGUUGUCCUAGCAUGAGACUCAUAAAUGUUAUCACAUGGUUAGGGUACGCUAAUUCUACAGUCAAUCCAUUAAUCUAUACCAUUUUCAAUAUUGAAUUUAGGAAAGCGUUUAAGAAAUUACUGGGUUUUAAAUAAGUAGAUUGUUUUGUAGUUACGUGACUAACAAUUUUAAUGUCAGCUUUGAUCUCAAUAUAUUUUGUACUUGCUAAAAUAUUUAAGUACCGUAUGUGGUUUUAUAUUAGCUACGUUUUGUAGAAAAAAAUGUGGUUCAGAAUUCAAAAACAACGCUGAAAAAUAGCCAUGACUAGGCCAUAUUAAAAAUACACGUAAUACCUGAAAUACCACGUUAAAAUGUUUUGUUACUAAAAUACAAACAAUACAACUCUGACACAGGCCAUUGUUCUAAUUUAUAUUUAAAAUUAAAUGGAGCUGAACAAAACAAGCUGUUGUGAGGUCGAGACUUGACAGAACAUAAGCCUUGUUAACAAUCCGGAUGGUCCUUAACAACUGGCUUGAAUUGAGUCAAGUGGUACGCUUCCUAUGUAAAUAACAUAACAUCAUCACUCCUCUAUUCUUCGAAGUCACACGUGUAAGGAAUACUUACUUAGAUAUCAAUUUUAUCUGUUUGAAAUGUAGCCUUUUUACUUACGUUUUAGUGUAGAGUUUACACUGUAGAUAUAUUUUUAGA